AUGGGGGUGGGAGUGGAUAACGAUACUAUUCUUGCUAUGGCUAACAAUCUUAGAUGCAAAAAAGGCGAUAUUCCGUUUAUGUUCUUAGGCCUUCCUAUUGGUGAGAAUAUGAAGCACGUUAAGCCGUGGCGACCUAUUAUUGACAAAUUUGCAAAAAAACUGUCUAGAUGGAAAUCAAAGACUUUGUCGAUGGGGGGUAGAAUUACCCUUGCCAAGGCGGUGCUUGGUAACUUACCGUCCUACUACCUCUCAAUUUUUAAAGCCCUGCUAAAGGUUAUCAAAACCUUAGAAGGUAUCCGUCGGGAUUUUGUUUGGGGUCACACGGGUUCGAGGUGCAAGAUGAGGUGGGUGGCUUGGAGCAAAGUUCAAGCUCAUAUGAGGUUGGGCGGCCUCGGGGUGGGUGAAAUUCGCACCCUAAACUGGGCCUUACUUCUUAAAUGGAAGUGGAGAUUUAAGCAUUAUCCGAAUCACCUUUGGUCCAAUGUUAUAAAAGCUAUUCACAACAGAUCUGAUGGUGUGCAAGACAGUCCACUUAUAACUAAUAUUGCAGGGAAUUGGAAGGACAUUUUAAUGGUCACAAAAGACAUCGACAAAGCUGGAAUUCCUGGAGCUGAAUCGCUGGGUAUUGUUGCAUUGGAUGGAUCUUAUUCAGUGGCUCAGUUUCGCUGGAAGGUGGCUGAAAUUCUGAACAUUCGGGUUAUGUCGGAUGGUUUUAAUUGGAAUGUGUGGACCCCGUGCAAAGUUUUAUACUUCAUUUGGAAGCUCAGAUUGGGGAGUAUUGCUGUCAAAACUGUACUUGCGCAACGCGGGGUGCCUAUCACAAAUCUGAGUUGCAGAAUGUGUGGCCGCGAGGAGGAAACCAUUGACCACCUAGCCGUGUCUUGUGUCUUUGCAAGAGCGGUUUGGUGGCAUGUUUGCAUGUGGGUCAAGGUCCCGACUUUUACCCAGCCUUUGUUAGUUCGGGAGAUGGCGAAUGGCUUAAAAGAUAUGAAAGGGUCGGCUUGCUGGAAGAAGGUAAUUGAGGUCAUUUUUUACGCCACCUUAUGGAGGAUUUGGAAGGCGCGUAACGCGUUAAUCUUUGAUGAGGUGCAAUUCAACGUCACUAGAGUGGUGGAGGCGAUUAAGGAGGACUUGUAUUUGUGGAUAAAGUGUAGAUCUAAAUUCAGCGGGUUAGAUUGGGAGAGGUGGCGGGACUUUAACGUCCGAGAUAUUAUCUUGUAA